AUGUCUCAAGAAGCUGAGAGCGCCUUAAGCGGCACCAUAUGGCCAAUUCCCUUGACAGUGGAAGAUCGAAACACCCACGACAUCAUCAAGUCCACCACAAUCUAUCUCCAUGUUGCUCGGUCCCAGAUCUCCAAUGACGACCCCAACUUUACCAACAUCUCCAUCACCGGAGUGUACCAAGACGGUAGUUUCCACACGGACAUCACUGCUGAGUUGUCACAGAGCAUUUUUCGUGGCGGCAGGGUUCCCAAGAAGGAAUGGACUAGUGUCCUUGCCGGCUUGUUUCCCAUUGACGAGGAGGACAGAGACUCUGAAAUCAGUCAGCGGCUACAAGUAGAGGCCAGGCUCAUGGCGCUACAAUCCCAGUACGACCCGCUCACGGGAGACUUGCUCGAGUCGGACGAUGACCCCAAUAGCGGUGCAUUGGCUGUAUCUAUCAAGACCACCGACAAGCUCCCGUUGACUGUGGGGUCGUUCGAUCUCGCUGCUGUGGAGCUAGACGAGCACCAAGGCAACUUGUUCAACUGGUUGGACUUAAUCCACGGCCAGCGCACGGCCAUGAGCUCGGAGAUCGAGUUGUUGAAGAAGCGAAUCAGCACCCUCGAACAAGAGAACUUUGCCGUCCGUGCCAACUACGAAACCAGCGCCAAAAGUCACCGCAUGAUCGUGGACGACUUGGAGCAGAAGUUCUACCAAUUGUUGGACUCCAAGAAAGAGACGAUCUGGAGCUUGACU